AUGGCGGCCAGAUUGGAACGCUUUCUGAAUUCCAGUUCCUUCUUCUUCCUGGCUCUGGUCUGCUUCUGCCUUAUCCUCCUCACCCCAGCCGAUGCCAUCUAUCAAUGCUGGGAGACCAACCGACCAACGAACAUCUUCUUCAUCGCCGGCGCCUACGUCAUCGCCUUUAUCCUGGCAAUCCUCAUCUAUGCGACUCGAAUCUACACGAAUCGUACCACUUUGGCGGGCAUUCCCAAGGCGUGGAUCCCCAUUGAGAAAGAAGAUGUCAACAAGAGCGUGAGGCGCCUGGUAAUGGAGGGACUUGCCCGCAGUGCAGUCAUCUCGUACCAGGCCCGCCCGCGCGAUACCGCAGACGAAACACAAAGUUUCUCGAACUACAAAGAUCUUCUAGUUGAUCCUGAUCGUCCGCCAUGGGGUUCUGUCGAGCAUCCCGGCUGGUCAUCCCCCGCGUCUCCCGAUCUUCCCAACCUUCCAUACCGCACAGUCAUCCAGGAACUGCCGAACCUGAUCGAGGCCAAAGCUGUGUCGAUAGCUCCCGCCGAUGAUUCUUUAUCCAAUGCUACGGACCCAUUCCCUGAUACCCGCGUGGUGGAAGUACUUCAAAGACCUGCCUCGAUGGGCCUCAGACAGUACAUUCGGCAUCUCACAAACUUAGGCGUCAUCACUUCCCCAGAACUCGGUGCUGAUUUUCUGGCACUCUAUGAACGUGCGCGUUUCUCAUCGUAUCAGCUCCAUGAGACGGAAUUUCGAGAACUCAUGCAUCUUUUCGCGGAGAUUUUGAGAGGCAUCACAUCCCUAGCACCACCAGUCCUCGAGGUGAUUCGCGACAGCGCAAGUUACCGUCGCGCAGAUACCGAGUCAGUCAUUGGUCCUUCAGACGAAGAGGGUGAGACAGAUACCGUGGACCAUUCUGGGUAUGGAGGCACAUUCACUCCGGUGCGGAGUAACAGUCUUCGCCCAUCUAAUGCGUCUACGUGGGAAACACAAUCGGGCUACGAUACCGCGCCUGAUAUGCGGAGCCCGGAGUCCAGAGUCUCGGUUGAUAGUGGCUUUUAUAGGGGGCCACGAGCGGUACGCACACCCUCGACUCGAUCACUUCGGCGGGUGCAAUCUGGCCAGUCUGGUAGCUCGGGGGGUAGUGUGAUUCGCCUGGCGCGAACACACAGCCCUGCAGAUUUGCCGUAUACCGUCCACAACGCAGGUCGUAGAAACUGA